GACGCAAAUCACAACACAUCACGAGUAAUAGAAGGUGCACGAGGUUUGAAACUGAUAUUCAAGUCGAGUGAUAAUCAAGUAAGGAAAUAAUGGCCAGUAGCGGGAUGAAGAAACUUGGAACACUUUUGGCGGGAACAGCCCUGAUCUUGAGCAUAAUCGCCACGUCUCUUGACAAGUGGGAGGUUAGAAUUAAAUCGCAGACUUGGGAGAACGAAGGAAAGGGUUUGUGGAAAGUAUGCGAGAGGGACACGUGUGUUGGACUGCCAAGCACGGUGGUGCUGAACUCUGUGAGGGGAUUCAUGAUCCUAGGGAUGCUUCUGCUCAUACUUAACGUGAUCUGUCAGGGAAUUGGCACGAUGUCCUCGGAUGACGACAAGUUCGCGAGUCUCUCAUGCGGAACAGGGUUCUUAGCAGGGACGUUCCUGAUGACCGCAUUCUCUGUGUAUUGCGACAACAUACUUGACGCAGACAGGUGGAAAGGGGGGUCGGGCUUCUACCUCACCAUUGUCGCCUGGCUGCUGGCUUGGACCUCCAGCGCUCUCGCCGGGUACCAGAAAUAUGAGGGGGGGUCGGCCAAGGGCGGAAAUAAGUCCGCUGCGGGUGGUGGCGGCGAGCCUGCGGCGUCCAAUCAGCCAACGGGUGUGUCUAAUAUCACAUAUUCGAACCCGGAAUAAGGGACCGGGAAAAUCGUUACAGUGGUUUAUUAUAUACACUGAGUUAUAAGUGGAGAAUAAAAUAUGCAAUACAAAUUAUACAUUUAAAACAA